AUGUACCGUGGAAGAGACAUUGCGGUCUAUCUGGAAAGACUUGAAGACUCUGGUGCUGAAAUGCCGCCCUUAAUGAACGCGAUGGCCCCCAAUGUUGUUAAACCCACAUAUUGUGUUUCUCCAUAUAUUUUGCAUGACCCUGGUAUUGAAGAUGGGGCACCGUUACGGCUACUCUUAGCAGCCAUCCUAACCAAAGAGGGCGUUGAAGAGCUGUUCGCUCUUCUUGGAUCUUCCAGUGUGGAGGAUCAGCUUAAAAACCUUUGGCUGAUGGGACCAUCAGCGCGUAAUGCUUUCCACCGGGGGCAGAUUUACAUUUUCAAGUUGUUGUGUCUCGAAAGUGACAAUGGCAUCCGGUCGACUCGGAACAAUAACGGGGCUACUGGGGCAAAAGAGCUCGAUCACCACCAGCGCACUGCUGGUAGAAGGGCCGACCAACCGCGGGACCCCCAACACCCCCCCUCGGACCAGCUACCACAGAGGCACACUCCUGGGAUGUCUCUUGACACUGUUAAAAUGUCCAGGGCUACUGGGGCAAAAGAGCUCGAUCACCACCAGCGCACUGCUGGUAGAAGGGCCGACCAACCGCGGGACCCCCAACAUAACAAAGGAUCCCAAGAGUCAUCCCCUACCAACUGUAUUGCUCUUAAACUUUCACCGUCGAAUUUUUGUUGGGCUAUUGGGUCCGUGGGAAUCUUCUUCCUCCGAAAUUUCCUAUCUAUUCUACCUAAAUUUGUUCGACUAGCACUUUACAAUUUCAUCGACCGGCAAUUAGAUUCCCGAGACCCCACACAAACAGAUCAACCAGUAAAGUACCUCCCACUCGGUCUUUGUCUUAAGAGAGGCCGUCGAAUCGACGAAUCCUCUGGUUUCGUUCUAAUGACACAAGUCUACGGACAUGCUCUUAACCAAGUCUACUAUCGAAUAACGCACGAGGAACUUGAACAGAUAGCAAAAGACUUGGCGCGGUGGAUAACGGAGCUGCGCAAAAUCCCUAACAAAUCGAAGCACCUCAUUGCAAAUGCAUCUGGAGGCCCAAUCUGCGACCACAUGUACGAAGGCCGCACACUAGGCCCUUUGAACUCAACGGCAGAAUUCGCCGACGAUCUCACUCAAUUCCUCUUUCAGCCCGAGCAGCAUAAACAUCAGCCGCCCAUUGCCACGCUAUACGAGAAGAAGUAA